CCAGGUAAAUUUUGCACCAUGGGCAACUACAUGCACCUAUCUUUAUCGCCAUGUUACCGAUCGGCUAGACAAAUCAAUCGGUCAGGUCCUUUGAUUUAGCUCAGAUCAGGAAUAAAGAAUCUAUCGAUCAAUCAGGAAUAGUUAUAUUUAUGUUUUGUGAGAGAGAACUCUUCGGAAUAGUGAACCCUGCAUCUUCGAAAAUAGUGGACCUUUACAAUAGCGAACCCCAGAUUUCAGAGGUCCUAAAAAAAUUCAUAACAUAGAGCUGCAGGUACCAUGUACAUGGUUCUCCUAGUGGAUGUUUUUGAAGCAUCAAACUGUGUCCCACACUGCUGCAACAGCCAAGCUGAGUCAUGUCUGGUUCUGAAGACGAGGAGUGUAUUCCAGAGUUGGUACCAGCUGAGAUAACGAAAGUCCCUGUCACCGUCAUAACUGGUUUCUUAGGUGCAGGCAAAACAACCUUGUUGAAUUACAUCCUGACUGAGCAACAUGGCAAGCGAAUUGCUGUCAUCCUCAAUGAGUUUGGGGAAGGCAGUGCAAUAGAAAAGUCAAUGUCCAUAGGGCAGUCUGGAGAAUUGUAUGAAGAAUGGUUAGAGCUGAGGAAUGGUUGUCUCUGCUGCUCAGUUAAAGACAAUGGGGUCCAGGCCAUUGAAAAUUUGAUGAAAAAGAAAGGAAAAUUUGAUUACAUUUUAUUGGAAACAACGGGUCUAGCUGAUCCAGGUCCUAUAGCAUCAAUGUUUUGGAUAGAUGAAGAGUUGUGUAGUGAUAUUUAUCUAGAUGGGAUUGUGACAGUUGUAGAUGCAAAGUUCUGUUUGCAGCACCUGUUGGAACAGAAACCAGAUGGUGUCAUCAAUGAGGCAGUUAGUCAAGUUGCACUGGCAGAUGUGAUUAUAAUAAACAAAACAGAUUUAGUCAAUGAUGAGGAACUGAAUGACUUGAGAGCUCAGCUAAGCUCUAUCAACAGUGUUGCCAGAAGGAUGGAAACUCAGCAAGCACAAGUUGAUCUUCCUCAGAUCCUGGAUCUUAAUGCCUAUGAUGGCAGAAGCAGGAGUAGUGUUGAUGAGAUAUUUAACUCCAAGGGGAAUCAGAACACUGCUGGUGGAUCACAUCAUUUAGACAAGACUGUGACAACAGUGACAUUUGAGGUCGAGGGAAGCCUCAUUAAGGCAGCACUGAAUGAAUUCAUGGACACAGUCCUUUGGGAGAAAGUGACCAACCCUGGGGGGAAUACAAUGGAUAUACUACGGAUGAAGGGAGUCACCAGUAUUGUGGACUGUCCAAGGAGAGUCAUUGUCCAAGCAGUCCAUGAAUUGUAUGACAGGCAGGAGACAACGCUAUGGGAAGAAUCAGAGCAGAGGAUGAACAGAUUGGUUUUUAUAGGUAAAAACCUAGAAAAGGAAACUCUGCAGAAUUUAUUUAUGAUGAAGGUUGAAGAACAAACAAGUAACAGUGGAUCCAGCUGAUAUGGCAUGUGCAAACAGUAUGCCUGGAGUUAUCAGAAAGAUCAUGUCUAUGUUCACCUGUGUCACUUGAGCAGAUUUCAGUACAUAUACUUCGACGUUGCAGAGUUACAUGUAGAUAAAAAAGGCACAUUUCUACCAAACUUAUAAUUAAAUAGAAUAAAGGUAUUGUAAUGCUAUUUUGUAUAUGGAGCCUUCAGAUACAUGUACAUGUAGGUACAGUAAUGGUUGAACACAUAACAUUGAUUUUCAAAAGUUCCGUUGUUACAACUGAUUUUGGAACAGCUCAAGUGCAGUUGGAUGCAGUAUCUGAAAUAGUUAACAUGUAACAUCCAAUAUGUCUUAAGAGUAAGUCGUGAAAUAAAUUCUUUGCUUUUGAAGAACACAAUAGUCAUGACAAAGAUCUGUAGAUACAUUAAGCAAACCAAAUGAGAGAGAGAUGGUUGCUCUAAUGCAAAGAAAUUUAAAGCUAGAUGCUCAUUGGGUAUUGAUGUGUAGCUGCAAACUUUAGAAUAAUAAAUUUAAAAAAAUAAAUUUAAAUAUACAAUGUAUGUA